AUGUCAGGCCAUGCGGCAGACAAGAUCGAACUCGGCAAGCCGCAGUUCGCAUCGCACUCAUGGCUAGAGCCAAUUGUCAAUUUGCAGAUUGUGGUCAGUAUUAUGAUCAGCUCAUUAAUUAUCAAUCGACACAGAGCCCUCAAAAUCCUCUCCAAGAACCAGCACCCUACAAUCAAAGUCUCAGAACCCGAGGACGUGGAGGCGAGUCCGACCUCGUCGCAGGGCCAAAUCAGUGAAAAGAACCCCCCGAAACGGCGCGUCUACGGAUUCCUGGCAAUAAACACCCCGAAUUCCUCGCGGUUUGCCCGCCAUCUCCAUAGCAGAGUCCUGCAGAAAUUCCCCUUCUUGGUGGAGAUGUUCUACUGGAUCCUCAACUACCUGUUCUACUCUUGCACAAAAGUCAUCUCGCAGCACCUGUCUCCCGCUGGCCGUGACGUGGUGCAGCUUGCUCAAGAUCACGCGAUUGGUAUCCUGGAUUUCGAGCAUCAUGCUGGAUUCAACUUCGUUUUCCCCAUAGAAGAGUCUGAUUUCCAGGCCUUUUUUCUGAAUGGUCAUCCGCAUUGGAUGACUUUUUUUAAUCGUAUAUAUUCCCUAGUACAUAUCCCUGGAACAGUGCUCUUCAUUUCUUGGUACUAUUGGGCUGCGCCUGACUUCGAGAAAUUCGCUGUUGUCCGUCGAACUAUGACUCUCGGCAAUUUUAUCGCCUUCUUGGUCUUCUGUUUCUUCCCCUGCAUGCCCCCACGUCUGCUCCCCGAAUCCUUCAAUUUCCACGAUACCGUUCGUCAAGAGCACGCUGAAAGUGUUUGGGUCGGAGGCAAAAUGGUUAACCAGCUGGCUGCCAUGCCUAGCCUACACUUUACAUAUGCCUUCGUGAUCGGAGCCACACUCAUUUAUCAUUCGGGUCUGGGAGUCAAUUGCCUCAGCAGAAAGCGGACCACGGGUUCCCUGCUGACGACCACUCUCUUCUUCGUCCUGGGAAUUGUGUAUCCUCUGCUUGUUUUGAGUGUGAUUGUGGCUACGGCAAACCACUACUGGCUGGACGCCGUCGCUGCGAUGAUCUCCGUGGCAUUUUCCUUCUAUAUCAAUCGUAUCUGGUUCAUUCUUCUUCCCUUGGAAGAUUUAUUCCUCUGGGUUCUCCGACUCGAGAAGCCCGUUCCGACAACGGGCAUGAGACACUUUGGUGCUGCUCGCCAGGCCAGGUCUGACCAUGCCGAUGAGGAACUGGAGGGCUUAUUGAACCGUUCUAUGUAA